AUGGUGGUCCAGAUCCACCCACGUCAGUCCACAGAGGACAGACUCAGAGGCUCCUCCAGUGACAGCCAGUCACCAGCAGGUGGUGACAUGCCCAAGUGGAACCCAGUAAUUACAGUAAAGAAAUCUUUAAAUGCUAAUAUAUAUCUAUUGUAUUUUCCACCUGUUUUAGUGAAUGGAGGAUGUAUCUCAUUCUGUUCAGAGAAGGAGAGCACUCCUGAGCUGACAGCAGAAGAAGGAACCUUGCUCCGCUGUGGACAGAACCUGCCAGUUCAGCCUGGAGCCCAGUACCACCACAAUAGCCAUUGUGAAGACCCCACAAAGAACCUUCACCUGCAGGAAAGCCCCCACCGAGACGCCAGGUCUGCUGGCUUUCAGACGGAUGUCAGCUCGUCGUCUCUGUCCGGUGGCAUCAAUGGGUGUCAUGCGUUGCUGUCUUACCCCAUCAAACAGGAGGGCUACAAGCUGGGUUCAGUCCUGGGUGACUUUUCAGGAGGGAUGGGUGCAGGUCGCAGGGAACUGGACCGUCCAAGCAGUGGUGGUGGCGACAGCAGUGGCGGUGGCGAAGGUAACUUAGCAACAGUUCUGUCGUUGUCGGCAAUGGCGGUGACUGUAUAUCCAUUUAAUAAUGAAGAUGGCUCCUCCCCGCUGGCUUUGUCCCCGAGCUCGCGUCACUCAGCAAGGCCGAAUGCGAGUGGACUGAAGAGACGCUGUCUCUCGGUGGCCUCCCAGUCAGCCUCAGAGGGAAUCGAUAUUGCCACAAACAUCUGCUCCUCCCAGAUGUCCUGCGUUAUCGGCCUGUGCACCAAUUCGUCGUCGCCUGCCUCCACCACGUUCUCCCACAAGCCUCUCCCCACACCCAGCCCUCAGCUGCCUUCACCUUCCACCUCGUCCUGCCUCCUACCCCUCUCCUCUUCAUCCUCUUCCUCCACGGUGUCGUCGGUGGAGCAUUGUGAGGACUUAGGCUCCAUGCAGUUGGGGCCCGGCGUGGGUAGCUGCGACAGGCUUGGACUUCUCAUACAGCCUGGCAUGGUGCUGGACAGCUGUACGCCAACACUGAAACAGGAACCGGUGGAUGAGUUCUCUCCAAAUGAGGAGGAGCUCUUUCAGCAUCACUAUCACCAUCUGACCAGCCGCGGAAGCCACUGCGGUGGGCAUUCCCACCAGCACCACCACCAUCAUCAUCACCAAACAGGCCCCCCACGGCCACCCAUGCCCCCUCCCUACCACCUGCACCAGUACAUGGGCUCCGGCCCAGGAGCUCUACUGAAUCCUCAAAGCCAGCAGCAGUCUCCACCCUCAGCUCUGCUGGCACAACCCAAACCCACAGGCCUGGUCGAACAGCAGGUGGGUGAUAGGGAGGAUGUAUUUAGCGAUAAGCAGGUAUGCCGAUGGAUUGAUUGCAGCGCGGCAUAUGAGCAGCAGGAGGAGCUUGUUAGGCAUAUUGAGAAGGUCCACAUCGACCAGCGCAAGGGCGAGGACUUCACCUGCUUUUGGGCUGGAUGUGUCCGGCGCUACAAACCCUUCAACGCUCGCUACAAGUUGCUCAUCCACAUGAGGGUUCACUCUGGAGAGAAACCUAACAAAUGCAUGGUGAGUAUCUACCCUUUUUAGCUGUCUGUCAAAAGUGCACAGUUUCCAGCGGUUCCCCAUAAUGAAAUUCAUAGCGGUGAUUAUAGCUGGCAGCUGAAAUGGCCUUGAAAAUGCAGAAGCAGUAUUUCGGAGUGAAUUGUUUUUGUUGGAAUCCUUGUUGACUUUAAUUUGAAUGGAAAGUGUGAGAAUCCAAAUGCCGGUAUAAUUAUUUUUAAUUAAGCAGGUCAGUUUUAAAAUCUAUUUUUAAGUAUGUAUUAUCAACAGAGGACAAAUAACUCUUUCAUUAGGCUUUAUUAAACCA